GAGGCACACAGAGGAGGCUGAUCCAACCAGCACUAGGGACAUGUGGAAUCAAAACUGCAGAACUGGACAUAACAUGGUCAGAAGUAUAAUCUUUCAAUGCUUAUCUGGCAUUAUGGUAUACCUCAUAGUAAAUGCAAAAUGGGCAACAACAUCAGUGAUGAAUGUUCACCCGCCUUCCAACGUUAGAGUAGAUGAUCUUGGAUAUUUGGGAAUAAUGAACAUUACAUGGGAGCCUCCAGUUUCACUAAAUAGCAGUCAUUGUACAGCACGAUAUGAGUUACAACACUACGAUGCUAACGAACAACGUUGGAAGUCAGUUAGGACAAAGCAACAAACGUACAGUGCUGCAUUUAAUUUGGGGAAGGAUAUUGUUAUAAAAAUUCGAACUUACUUGAAAGGAGCAUGUACAGAUGAUAAGGAAGUUUGGAGCAAGUGGAUACAAAUAAAUGAAUCCAUUCCUAUGCAAGGAGAUCCUGAAUCAAGUGUUCAAGACUUUUACUGCAUCUAUUACAAGUUUGAAACGUUAAGAUGUGAGUGGAAAGCAGGAAAAGUCAGUAACAGCAAUUAUAAAUUACAAUACUGGCAAGAGGGGAUGGCUGAGAAAAAUACCUGUGAUCACUACUUGAAAACCAAAGGAAUAAACACUGGAUGCAUAUUUGGAAGACAGGAGCUUCAGCUAUUCUCCAACUUGUUUAUUUGUGUCACAGGAAUUCCUGGCAUGGAUCCAAUUAGACCUUCAUACUUUAUGUUUCAGCUUCAAAAUAUAGGUAAACCUGGUGCUCCAGAAGAUGUAAAUAUCAGCAAAAGCCAGGGUGAUGAAUUCAUUUUGGAUUGGUGGCCACCCAGUGGCAAAAUUCCUGCACACUGUUUAGAAUAUGAGAUUCAGUAUAAAGACCAAACAGAUACUUGGAAGACAAUUGCAGAACACAGGGAGACAACUCAUAGCUUUAACAUAUCUACUCCAUCGCCCAGAUUCUGUGUCCGUAUCCAUGGCAAAACAACUAAAUACUGUACAGAUGAUGGAUAUUGGAGUGACUGGAGCACAGAAAGCUGUUGGGAAGUCGGCAAGUCUUCUGAUCAUUCAUCUUCCCCUUACUCUUCUUUUUUAUUGCACAAACUAGGCAUCUCAUAUGAAGGUGUCUGA